UGUCUAAAACGUGUCAAGUUGUACUUAUUUAUCUCAAUGUACCCUUGUUUAUCCAUUUCUUUUAAGUUUGAUUUUAAUUUGCCAAUUAUAUGAAACUUGUUUGCCUUACUUUGCCGAUUUCAGCACAUAAUUUAAAGUUAUUCCGAAUACUUCUCACCUUUAAAUUCUUUAAUUAUAGUGAGUGCAUUUGGACUACUAGCAAAUGUAUUAUCAUAUAUCUUACAUCCAAUCCAUUGAUCGAACGGAGAAAUUCGUUCCGAUUUGGUCCCAGGUUUCAUAAAAUGUUGACAAUCCUCAGUAUCCCCAGCAUCUUCGGUAAUUCGUAGAUGAGUGGACACUUUAAGUUCCACUUCGAAAGACGGCAAAAGCUCAAUAUUUGGGGCCUUCUACUGAAAAGAGUUAAGAAGGCAAUCGCAAAGAAUGAUGUGGAUUGGUAUGAAAGGAUAUUUACCUGGCAUUCUCAUUUCUAAUCAUUUUGCAUGACUCAGAAACCGUACAAACAGACGACGAGUAGCAACAUAUUUGCACAUAUUGUACAUUUUACAGGUUUAUUUACUCUUCAAAAAAUUCCAGAUAAAACUAGCCGAAAGAAGUAAGUAAUUGCUGAUCCAACAGUUCUUGAUACAAUCGAAUUGACUUUACACAACUAGAACGAGCCAAUUCAGACAAAAGUAUUUGAAUUCGUCGAGCAUAGCGUUAACUUAUUCUUAAUAAUGAAUCCCAAAGACUCUGGCGAAACAAAAUUUAAAGACAAAGACAUCAAAGACAAAGCACAACCAUUAAACUUCACAGAAUGAUUCUAAAAAAUUGGGGUGGGGAAGGCAACAGUGAAACUUAAGUAAGAGCGUCCAACCACCAUCAUUAUUCAAUUUCUCAGCAUUAACCACAUGGUUGUCCCAUCCGUCUUUCAGACUUCUGCACAAUCUGAACCUGACAGGCAGUCACCAUAAUGACCAUUCGCCUCCACGGUCUGUGGGCCUCCUUCCUGUUGAUCGGGGUGCUUCUCCUGAUUCUGCCCACGGCCAUUCAACCCUCUAAUGGAGGAAAACUCCGAUAUCUGCAAGUUCCAUUCCCGGAAGCUCUCGCUCAACAUUUGAUCAGAAAUGGAGAUCCUCCAGCAUUCCACUCCAAACAAGGGCGCUCAAUCUUAAGACCUGACACUUUGCCGAGACGAUCGAGAGCAAGCUUGGCAAAUCUAAGAGAAGUAGUUUCCACUCCAGGGAAAGAAAUCAAGGUGGAGGAGGCACUUGAAUUCCCCAUUCCAACAACACAUGUCAAAGAUGAGGAGGAGGAGGGAGAGCCAUCAGAUCUUGACAUACACUCGUUGUUUGGACACCCCGAUGCGAAAGAGACAGAAACCGUGGAGGAAUUUGAAAUGAAUACAAAGACACCCUCUGACAACAAAGGGGAGUCUGAUCAAAAGAUCAACAUGAAAGGGUCGUUUCCAUCAUUCGGACUUCAAUAUGGUAGGGGCUUGUGUUCCUACUACGCCUUGCAGGGGCUCUCGCCAGAGUUCUGCCGAGGCGCUUUGGCUCUCCAUCCAACGGAUGUGUCAGACCUGGCCCAGGAAAAUCGACAAGAUGACCAAGCCGAGUCUCAGAAUGAUAUCAACAUGAAGUUGUGCGAAUACUUCAUUUUGAGAGGAUAUUUACCGUUCUUUUGUCGCAAACAAAUGUCGAACAUGAUGGAAGAAAUUGCACAAGAAGAGCUGAAUAACUUGAAUGACAAAGAAAUACCUGGAUUGGUUAGACGGAAAUUGAACUUGAUUCGCUUGGGUCGAAAUGGCACCUUGAACAACGCCAAUGCUAACAACCCUUUAUUGGAGGCCUUCCUAACCUCGGUAACUAAAGGUGCUGGAGGCUCUUUGUCAAAUGGCCAAGGAUCGUUAAGUAAUGUUGGCUCAGCCAAUGACAAUGCCAAGCCAAAUUUAGGUGCUGGUGUUAAUCAAGGGAGUCUCUCGAAUCAAGAGAAACCCAACCUCUCUGGUAACCUUUCCAACUUCAAUGAAGACAAGCCCAACCUUGCCGGAUCUUUCUCUAGCUCUGAUAACAAGCCCGAUUUAGGGGGGUCCCUUUCGAAUGCCCAAAUUUCCAAUGGCGGUGGAUCAUUGACUAAUACUCGUCCGAAUCAAAGACCUAAUAGACGACCAAAUAGACCUAAUGGACAACAGAACUUCCUGCAAGCCAUUUCUCAACAAGGGUCUUUUCAAAACUUCCCUCAACACUUUGGCUCAACCUCUGCCACUCCUGUUCCCGUUGGUGGUUCCAUUCAAAACUUCGUUUCCCCCAGUGGAUCAAGCUUUUCAAACCGACCAGGAUCGUUCCAAACUUUUCAGUCCAAUCCAUAUCAAGGAGGAGUUUACACAAUUGGACCCUCUGGAUCUGUGUCGGGGGGUUUUGUGACACCUGGACAAAGUUUCAAUUCACCUAACAGCGGAGCCUAUUUGCCUCAGACUUUUGGAACUUUUCAUUCCGGUCCAAUCUAUGCCAGAUCCCUAGGUCAAAUUUCAGCUUUUGGGGAUGAAUCAUUCAACGGGGUAGAUUUAGCGUCUAAUAGACAAGAGGAAUCAGAAACGAUUAAAAACGUCGUUGGAGUAGCUCUGGCAGCCGGCGCCCUUUCAGCGUUGGCACAACAACAACAGCAACAACAAUAUUUCCACCAGCAACAGGGUUAUUAUCAACCUGGCUUUGGAGGACCCAAUAAUUUUGCCACACACCCUCCAACACCAACUUAUGGACAAAAUUAUUAUCCUGGGCAAGUCGUUGGGGUUGGAGUAAGAUAUCCAAACUAUCAAGGCAAUACCUUCACCACCACCACAACAAAUUACCCUCAAUCGAGUUUUGGAUCUUACCCAAAUUACGGACAACCAACAUCUGGCUAUUAUCAACCGGCUAUAUCACCUACCACACCGUUCUUCUCUUCCUCUUCCACGCCCUACUUUAUUAACCGUGCUGCUUUUCGCACAAAUGAAGAUUCUGCGGAGCAGAUUGGGCCUGAGGUCAAUACUUUGGGACCGCGACCUUCGGGCAUUCAUAGCGGAUUCAUGUAUUUUGCCCCAAACAUUGGUGGCCUUAAUGACGAACCCUCACAAUUAUCAACCCCUCAUUAUGCCUAUCAAACUCCCUGCAAUUGUCCGUGGUCACCAGUAGUAGUUAGCCAAUUGCAGCAUCUUCCAACGGUUUUAUUGUUACCCCAACCUUUUUACUAUCCUUACUACUACCCAAACUUAGUGCAGGUACCCGCCAAACCUGCAAAGCCAGAAAGAGAAGAAAGGCUGUCUGAGUAUGGCCUGUUUGCCAAUGGACUUUCCAGAGCAAAGAGAGACUCUGAAGAUGCUUUGGUCCCAGACUUGGAGGAAAGGGAAGAGGUCACAAACUCCACGCAAAAUAUUGAAGGCAUUGUGUCAAAAAACGCUGAAGAAUUAUUGGAAGAAGGUAUUGUGAUUAUUGAAGCCAUUGAAUCCGCGCAAUCUGAUGACAACACUACCGAAGCGCUCGAGAUUUCAUCCAAACCCCCUAUCUUGGAUUACCACAGUUAUGAAGAAGAAGAAGCAGCAGAAGAAGAAGAAACAAAGGAAGUCUUCGAGCCUAAAAACGAUUUGGACGUAGUUUUUGCCGAAGUAGAUCAAGAGACACCUGUCGACUCCGAUGAAAAAGAGCAAACUUCUCAUGACUUGCCAGCCCCUACUGUAACCAAUGUGAUUGCUAUCGGUUCCCAAUCUACAUAGAAGCCCUCUUCCAUCCAAAAGAACAAUCAUGUUCUCGCUCUUCAGAAGGACGGAUCUGUGGGAAUCACGAUUGGAACAAGGCAUCCCAAACCUCAAUCGGUGGGUCAAAAUUUUGUGAGGCAAGGGGGGAACGAACCUUCAACAGGGCAAUUGGCAGUAGCCACAGGAUUAGGGCUUUUGGCAGGCCAUGCGAUCACGAGUUCCUUAGUUAGCAAUCGGAGGCCUUUUCCCUCUAGUUUCUCCAACCAAUCACCAGCCUAUUACGUCCAAUCUCCAAUUCAUGGAAAUGUGUAUUCUUCUACGCCAGCCUUUGGAACCCCUCAAUUUGGAUCUCCAAUAAGCUCUGUAUAUAAUGGCAAUUACCAGCAACAGCCCAACUAUUACUUUACUCAACCAUAUCAAAGCACUACGAUCUACCAAUCGCCUAAUCCGUCGUUCAAUGAUUAUAAGCCUAACUUUCAAUCUUCUCAACUUAGCACCUCGCCGUUCUUUGGCAGAUCUUCGUUGAGACUCGUGAACUAUCCCCAAAACGAAUUUGUCCCACCUUUGUACAAGUUGGGUUGGGCUUUCUUACCUGGAGAAAAUGAGAAAUGAAUGGAAAGUUUCUCGACUUUUGAGUCACUCAAAAGCGCCAGCUUGGUUCUUGUACGCAAAUUGAAAUAAUUGGAGGCGAUAUUUAAAUGAUAUACUUAUGGGGUGCUUGUGGGCACAAACUAAAAAUUGGUGGUGGGCAAGUGAAGCAUUAAACACAAAGGGCAUUCAUCGAUCAAUGCUGGGGGUUGGUGUAUCUAAACCCAAUUUGGUAUACCACUUAUUUGUCAAUAUCAAGUUUGAUUCACUCAUUUUUUUUUGUUCAACAUUGAUUUCGUUCCCCUUUCGGGAGUUUUCAGCGUUAUUCUUGAACGCCAAUUUUGAAAAAAAUAAAAAAUUCUUCAGCUUUCUAUGGUUUUCUAAAUAUGUUUAUCUAAUUUACCUGAAUCAAAUCCAUUUUUUUGCCCGAUAGCCUUUAUCUUGAUCCUCUUUUUUAUAUAUUCUUUCUUUCUUCGUGUUUGUCAUUUGUGUUCUGGCUCUUAGUAACUCUGUAAAGUAGAAUGUUUGUUUGGUCAAGUAAAUGUCCAGCAACUGUCUUCUUAUUCUUAUAUUAUGAAAAAAUACAAUUAUUUUCACUUA